CUUAGUGAUGGCGUACUUUAUUACUAUAAGCUUUGAAAACAAUAUGAUUUUUAUUUUUUCCCGUUGCUCGAAGUGGCUCGCUUACCAAACGACUUGAAACAGUGCUCUCGCGCAGUUGGCGAGAACCAGUACGAACAGUGGGUGCGUCCUGUAAAUACAAAUUAUGAGAUUUUGGAAGUCCCGUCGUUGUAUACUACUGGGCAGCGUGUUUGCGGCGGUGGUCGCGGGCGCGCUGGUGGCUGUGCUAGUACUCCAGCCAUGGGUCGGGCCUGAGCACCCGCGCUUCCCGCGCGCUGCUGUCGCCGCCAAUGGAUACGAAUGCGCCUCAAUCGGAAGACAAAUACUGGAAAAGGGUGGUACAGCGGUGGACGCGGCUAUAGCGACGUUGUUCUGCGAGGGCGUCGGGUGCGCGCAAUGCAUGGGGCUCGGCGGCGGGUUCCUGGCGACGGUGUACGACGCAGCCACGGGCCGCGUGCGCGUGCUGAACGCUCGCGAGCGCGCGCCCGCCGCGACGCGACAAGACAUGUACGAGAACGCCUCGUCGACGGUGGGCGGGCUCGCCGUGGCAGUGCCGGGGGAACUGCGCGGCUACGGCGCUCUGUAUCAGGCGUACGGGCGUCUGCCGUGGCGCGACCUGGUGCAGCCGACCGCCGAGCUCUGCCGCCGUGGGCAUCGCGUCAGCGAAUACAUGGGCCGCGUGCUGCAGUCAUACAGCGACAGGAUACUCGCAGAACCCUCUAUGAGGGAAGUAUACAUGAACGAGGCGACUGGCAAGGUGUGGAACGAGGGCGACUUGAUCGUACGGUCAACUCUCGCGCAGACGUUGGAUAUAAUAGCCGACGAGGGCCCAGAGGCGAUUCACAACGGCUCCCUUACGGCGCGGCUCGCACAAGACAUACAGAGCUUCGGCGGCAUCGUGACAGAAGACGACCUCAGGAACUACAGGGUAGAAUGGCAACAGCCAAUAACCGCGCGUUUGUCAGAGGAGCACACGCUGUACUCAGUGCCGCUGCCGGGCUCGGGUUCGGUGCUGGCCUUCAUCCUGAACAUGCUGCGCGACUGGGCGGGAGGCGACGCGCCCACCGGCUCCGCUCUGUACUGGCACCGCGUCGUCGAAACGUUUAAGUACGCGUAUGCCAAACGCACUGGCCUCGGCGAUCCUACACGUGAAAGUCUCUCUGCUGUCAUUCGGGAACUGGAGCGGAACCUGUCAAAUGUGGAUUGGGCGGUCUCAUUCCGCUCGCUCGUGAACGACUCGCAGACAUCCAACGACUGGCGACACUACGGGGCGCUGUUCCAGGGAGCCGACGACCACGGCACCGCGCACGUGGUCGUGGUUGCGCCCGACGGCAGCGUCGUCUCCGCCACCAGCACCAUCAACUACAUCUGGGGUGCGCAAAGAAGGUCUCGGUCUCUCGGCAUAAUACUGAACAAUGAAAUGGAUGACUUCGCCAUUCCUGGUCGCGAAUCGUCGUAUGGCUUGCCACCGUCACCCGCGAACAUGCUAGCUCCUGGACUGCAACCACUGAGCUCCAUGGUGCCGAGUAUCGUCCUGUCCAACAGUGGGUCCGCGGACUUAGUGCUGGGAGCGGCUGGAGGCACCAGGAUAACCACACAAGUCGCCUUGAUUGCAAGAUACAUUCUAUUAGAGGGCAUCGGUCUACCAGAAGCAAUAAGAAGGGCGCGCCUUCAUCACCAACUAUUGCCGAUGGAAAUUCAGCAUGAAGCCAACAUUGAUUCGGCCGUCAUCGAAGGUCUUCAAAGCAGAGGUCAUGUGACGAGACAGUUGGGUCCCACUGCUGGUUUCGCCGCGAUGGUGGCGGCGGCCCGCGACACCUCCGGCUACCUGGUGCCCCAAACAGACCCCAGACGAGUCGGCAGCAUUGACGGAUUUUAAACUCAAAUACUGACCAAAAAGAUUGUAUUUUGAUUUUUAAAAAUAUUAACGCUUUUAUAAAUUUUAACCGAUUUUCACACUCUAGGUUUGACGUGGAAGAAUUAAAUUUGUGGUCUCUGUCCUAUUAUGUACUUAUAUAAUCAUGUUACUAUGCUGUAAAUUGUUCUAAACAUGUCAUAAACGUACUUACUUUCGAUCUUCACUUUAUUUUUUACAUAAUAAGAUUUUUAUAAACUACAGUAAAUUUCGAAGUACAUAUUUAUUGAAUUAAUUAGUACGAUAUUCUUCCACUUAUCUUGUUUUACUAAUUGGAACAAUGUGUUACCAGUGGCGUAGUUUGGCAUAGAAGGCCUUAUAUAAAAAUUUGUUAGGAGCCCUUCAGUGCGGUGUGUAGUUUUGGGCGCCCGCUUAAUUUUAUCGAAGGUACGGGCGAGGAGGUCCCGUGCCAUCGAUGUGGCUACACAACUCCGUAUUCAUCUAGAGACGCAUGUACAUAUAUUUUAAACUAUUACAAAUUUGGAUUAUACCCAAAGGCAAAUCAAUUGUGAUAUUAAGAGUAUCUUAGCUUAUAAAAGUUGUUUGGAAAUGUCGCUAUUGUGUUGUUGUUAGUUAUACAAUUAGUGUAAUUUAUGGUUGUUGCAUACUGUGGAAUAAAUUUAUGUCAUAAA